CAUCCGUAGAGUUAAAACGCCUCAAAACCAGGUGGUGUGUUCUUAUCAGACCUCAACGACCUCAGCCGGAUUCUUUCUAGUCGCACCAGCCUCCGUCUCUGCUAUUGACCCCUGACACUAGAUUCACGCGCUACUUCCGCGGCGGCUCUGCUGAAUUAUUAGGCUCGCUGACUCGGAAUGGCAUUGCUGGCGUCCGAUUGCUCGCUGAUGAGUGCUCGCGGAUUCACAGCCGGAGGUCGACCCCAGACACAUUUCCUCCACCGAAGCUCUCCGCUAGCCAGCAGAACCUCCCUAUCCACCUCACCCGCAGCGCCAGUCUCAGACCGUGGAGGCCGUGCGACCACCCGGGCUUCCCGGAGGACCAGGCCAGCGGGACAGAUUCUUUGCCGCUCCCACGGCUUCGAAUCGGCGUCGUCGUCUCGCACGGACGCGACGGAGAGUGAGCGAGGGAACCAUUGCAACGGACGGCUGGAGGCUCUCCAGGAAUCUUUGACGACUGGCCAGAGAGCUGUUUCCAAGGCGACUGCCGCGCUGCUAGCAGCCCUCAUCACCCUCACGCCGACAGCAGCAGCUUGUUUCGCACCAUGGUCAGCCGAAGCAGCUGCCACGAAGUUUCCGUGCGAGGACGUGGAGCAGUACUAUGCAGGCACGCAGGGGCUCAAGGGGGAGGCUCUUAAGGCGAAGCUGCACGAUAUUAUAAAGGGUCAUAAAGUGUACACCUACACUGAGGCAUGGGAUGCUCUCAAGAUUCUCGAUGCUGCGGACCAGUCAGAUCCUGCCAAGUCCCGUGACGUUGUGGAGAUCUACACGCGCAGAGCAGUGCCCAAGGACACACAAGCCACGCCGGAAGGCUGGAACAGGGAGCAUCUGUGGCCUCGCUCCCUAUGGUCUCACUCAGGGCCGACCCGAGUU